AUGUACAGACCUCUCAGAUGCAUAUCUCUCUGUCUUGAAGCCCUCUUGCAUGCUUCUGUGGCUUCUCGCAAAAAGCUUGUAGUUGAUUUGGUUCCAUCUUGUGAUUUUGAAAAGACCACCAAGAAAGAGAAUUCACGAGCAUACGAUGCUGCCUGGAAGUUACUGAAGGUUUGUUUUCAACUUUUGGCAAAUUCCACGGGUUUAAUCUUCGAGAAGCCUCAUGACAUGGCGUGUCGCUUCUUUAGGGAGCAGAUGGAAUUCUUGUCCCUGGAGGGUUUGAUCGCUGUCAUCGAGUUUGCACGCUCAGUUCUCUGCUUGCCUGAUGCAAAUAGCUCAGAGUUCAAACCUGAAACCAAUCAUCCAUGCAUCAUAUUCAUGCCUGAGGGCUCAAAGACUCAUAUGGGAGGCACAAUGCGAUUAGGCUCGAGAAGAGCCUAUUUCCAUGUCAAAUAUGGGAACAAAGAGUUUGUCGAUGAGAGGCAUCGCCAUAGAUACGAGGUGAAUCCUGAGAUGGUAGGAUUCCUCAAGAAAUCGGGUCUUUCUAUCGCUGCAAAAGAUGAAACUGGCGAACGAAUGGAGAUUGUUGAAGUUCCAAGCCACCCUUUUUUCAUCGAUGCUCAAUUCCAUCCCGAGUACAAAUCGAGACCCGGGAAAAAUUUUGAAUCAAAUUACAAAUCUUUAUUCUCAGGACUAAUUGCAGCAUCCUGUGGUGAGCUAGAUGCAGUCCUGAAUCCAGUUUUAAUUAACCAAGACAACAACAAAACUAUGGCACUUGGAAAAGGAACAAGGGUUGAUCCAAAACAUGUGUUUUGCAAAGGAACCAACAAGAAAUCUCAGAAACAUCUUAUGAUCAGAUCCAUUUUCUGCGAUCUGAAAAUCCGAACAACCGUACCGGAAAACCCGAAUGUAAAAAGCAUAAAAGUGGAGGGUGGGUCUGGUAAAUAG